GGAGGGUUUUAAUUUUGAUAGAAACAUCAUACAUUAUUAUUCUCCCUAGGGAGGUCUCCCAAAGUAGCAGGCGCAUAGACUGCUUUAUUGAACUUCGCUUAUUUCAACGAACAGCAACUCCAAUCCGUUAGGUGUCGUCAGCCCGUGGUUUUAAAGGAUUUUAUCAGAGACAAUAAAGAAACCAAGACAUCCCAUUCAAAGACCCGCCCUCAAUCAGGCCGGAGUGGGCCCACUAGGUUCCACAAGCGGAAGAGGACUCGGGCCACCGCUAUGACUAGGAAAUAAAUGAACCAGCGAGAUGACUUGCUUUUGCAAUGAACAGACUAGUGGCCCCACCCGGUUAAGAAAUUUGGAGCGGGCUGUCUUGGUUCAUGUAACUAUCUUCUCUGGUAUGUAGUUUCUUGCUGUCAAAGUUCAUUUCGCCUACGUACAUUCUCGUUGUUUUUUUCCCAUCACGAUGGCUGCCGCCUUGAGAGGGAGCCUUGUAACAUUGGCCAAGGGCCUGACUGGCUCAUGCCCGCGUUGGCAGCUGCUGGCAGCCCGGCCCCUCAGUGUGACCAGUGCUCUGUGUGGGCCGGAGGCACCACCGGCCCGGGCUGAUGCCAUCUUCAGGGUCACCAUGGUGCCUGGGGACGGCGUGGGGCCCGAGCUGAUGACGGCCGUCAAGGAGGUGUUCAGGGCAGGUGACGUCCCAGUGGAAUUCGAGGAGUUCCACCUGAGUGAGGUGCAGCACAUGGACAGUGACGAGAAGCUGGAGGAGGUGUUGACUUCUAUGAAGACCAACAGGGUGGCCAUGAAAGGAAAGAUCAACACUCCCAUGGAGUUCAAGGGGGAACUCGCAUCAUUUGAGAUGAAAAUAAGGCGUAGGCUGGACUUGUUUGCCAAUGUGGUCCAUGUGAACAGCCUGCCUGGUUAUAGCACGCGCCACAACAACCUGGACCUGGUCAUCAUCCGAGAGCAGACGGAGGGAGAGUACAGCUCUCUGGAGCACGAGAGUGUGCCUGGAGUGAUCGAAUGUCUGAAGAUCAUCACCAGGGAAAAGUCUCGGCGCAUCGCCAAGUUUGCUUUUGACUAUGCCACAAAGAAGGGUCGCAACAAGGUCACGGCGGUCCACAAGGCCAACAUCAUGAAACUGGCAGACGGCCUGUUCUUACAGUGCUGUGCCGAGGUGGCGGAGCUGUAUCCCAAGAUCAAAUAUGAGAACAUCAUCAUAGACAACUGCUGCAUGCAGCUGGUUCAGAACCCAUACCAAUUUGACGUGCUGGUGAUGCCCAACCUCUAUGGCAACAUUAUUGACAAUCUGGCGGCCGGGCUGGUUGGUGGGGCGGGUGUGGUGCCAGGAGAGAGUUACAGUGCCGAGUAUGCCGUGUUUGAGACGGGAGCGCGGCACCCCUUUGCACAAGCUGUGGGCAGGAAUAUUGCCAACCCCACGGCCAUGCUGCUCAGUGCAGCUAACAUGCUCCAUCACCUCAACCUUGAAUAUCACUCCAACAUGGUGUCGGAUGCUGUCAGGAGGGUCAUCAAGCAGGGCAAGGUGCGGACGCGAGAUCUGGGCGGUUACAGCACCACCGGGGACUUUGUUCAAGCCGUAGUGGGAAACCUCCGUCACCGACCCCUGUACUAAAGAACCCCCUGAGCCCUGCAACCUGACCUUUACCCUGACCUGGAACGGAUAACCAGACAAAUUGGGAUUUAUAGAUCUCCGUAAUCGCCCUGGCCCUCCAAAUGAAGCCCCUCUGCGUUAUUCUUUGGCAGCUCUCGUUCUUCCUCUGCCUCUUUCUUCUCAAGUGUGCUCUUUGAAUUGUCCGUGACGUGGUUUCACGUUUAAAACCUGCGACUGGCCACUGCUAUUUAUUCGCUUUGCUCUCUCUUUAUUCUAACCAAAUUGUCCAUUAAUGCUGCCGUGUUCUCUGUUUUUCUCUCACUGAGCCCUUCCUGCAUGCUUGGGGCCACUGUCCGCAUUAUCUGCCCGUUCAAUGGCACCACCUCGGCUGUACGCGGCGCUGUUUCACCAGCAACUCUGGAAUCUUCUCGGCUCUGUCCGCUCUCCGACUUUCCCCUACGCUCUCCAAACACUGCCUCUUCUUUAUGAAGGUUUCACGGUUCCUGCUGCGGACAUGCAUGUGAUGUUAAACUGACCGCUGCUAGCUUUGUCAUCCUCACCGGCUGGGCUGCGUGCUGUUUGUUCAGCCGUAUUGGUCAACGUGGUUUUGUGCCAGAACGACAAUUCAUCGACACCUAAAUGAGUGAACUCUUUAUCCCGGCACCAAGAACAUCUGGUCUCCCCUUUCACUGUCAUGAGUUUUCUCAGGCGUGCACAGUACAUUUUUACCUGUUUCCUUGAACUGCGGAUACCAUGGUACCAACCCGACUGUACCGCUUAAACUAGCCUUUAUCCAGUAACCGCCUUAAGUACUCAGUCCUGUCAAGGUUGUUGUAGUUUCUAUUAAAAAAAAAAAAAAAGGCUUCCACUGAGUCAUCACAAAUUUGUGUUUGCCAAAGUGUUUACCACAAAUGCACAUCCCCACCACUCUUAAAGUCAGUAGAAAAUGGAGGUAAUUCCUGAGGGAGAAACAACAGGGUCUGCAUUCAUAAUGUUUUAAUGCUUUUGCGUUAGCAGGAUGGGCUUAACAAGUUACGGAACUGCGAUGUUGGCUAGCUUCAUUGGACCUUUCAGUCGAUUUUCACUCCGCUCCAACUGCCACUAGUAAAAGGAAUGCACACAAAGAAUUUGAUAGAGAUCACUGUCUUUUGGAGCUGUUUGUUGGAGAUCCAUCUUGUUUGGCUAAUGAGUCCUAUCAGUGUGAUGUUUUACAAACCAACAAGCCUACAAAACCAAUUUAACAUGCCAGACCGCUGACUUUUUUUCUCACCCUGUAUGCUUCCUGGUGAAAGGUUUUUGGUUUGAGGAUCUAAAAGGGGUAGCAAUGCUGCUUGCGACGCAGACUGACAUAUCAUUAGGGCUACAAAUAUAUUGGCCAUUUUCUUUUCGUAGUGAGGUAUGACAGUGUGAAAAUGGUUAUUGCUAUAGUAGUGUGUUUUGAUACGCCUCUGUUCCAUAACUGUUUCAUUGGUUGAUAUACCUUUGUCAUAUUAAUAGAUGUUUUUUAUGGUCAAAUACUCAAGAAUAAAAUAUGAAAACAGUCAUUGGUCUAUAUUUGUCAUUUCCACAAGUACUAGACAAUCAUUACAUUUUUCAUGUGACUAUUUUAUGAUGAAAUGUGGGCUUUAGACCAACCUUUAAAAUAACCUAAUAUUCCUAUAUUGUGUCUGAGUUUGGUGGUGAAAACAGUACAGUAUUUGUGAAGACUAUUUGUCUUUGCCUGUGUGGAAGAGACCAGGUGU